GGGGAUCACAUUGUUUCAUCCUCAUUCCCCGAGGUUCAUGUCAAGAGACGUUAUAUCAAAGGGGCAAACAUCAAGGAUUACAUUUAUCAAACAGGUUUUGGAAACCGCUUCUCUUCCGAGGCCGUACCAAAUGUCCUACCGAAAGGCAUAAAUACGCCUCAAAGGGUUAAGUACGAUCUAUACUCGGAGGAGCUGAAUGGUUCAUCCUUCAUCGCGUCCAGGCGAGACAUCCGGCAUGUCUGGAUGUAUCGAAUACGGCCUUCCACGAGCCACGGGCAUAUUUCAACAUCAGAGAUGAAUACACACGUACUCAGUAUUUUCUCCGGCAACGAGAAUGUGGAACUGUCAGCCACUCAAGAGUCGUGGGAUCCUUUUCCAAUACCCUCCCGGCAUACAAGUGACGGCAUAGACUUUGUCUGCGGGAUUACAACUGUUGGUGGCCAAGGAGACCCAACACUCCGUGAAGGAUUGGCAAUCCAUAUUUAUUCGGCAGAUUCAUCCAUGACCAACAGUGCUUUCUGCAACAAUGAUGGGGAUCUUUUGAUUAUUCCACAGACCGGAAGGCUGGAUAUCCAGACUGAACUAGGAUGGAUGACGGUCCAUCCCGGCGAAAUUGCAGUCAUCCAGGCUGGGAUACGUUUUAGCGUCUUACUUCCUGAUGGCCCAUCUCGUGGGAGGUUUUUGGAGGUCAUUAUGACCUUCCCUAACUUGGCCCAGUGGGCUCCAAUGGCCUGGCAUUGCCUCAGGAUUUCCAAUCACCAUGCGCAAACAGUUCAGACCUGGAGAAUUAUAUAUAAGCUGGCAGGCCAGCUACAUCUCUGCAAUCAGAACCACACCCCGUUUGACGUCGUGGCUUGGCAGGGUAACCUCGUGCCAUACAAAUAUGCCAUUGAGAAGUUUGUCAACCUCGCAAAUGUAGAAAAAACCCAAUCCGAUCCCACCGUCUAUGGCGUGUUGACUACGAAGUCCAAGUUUCCAGGCGUAUCUCUGACAGACUUCCUCAUCUUCACGCCGAAGUGGAUCGCGACAUCUAAUACCUUUCGGCCACCAUACUAUCACCGCAACAUGAGCACAGAGAUCAUGGGUCUUAUAUAUGGCGAAUACGGUGGCAGCAGCCACAAGCUAGAACCGGGGGGACUCAGCUACGAAGCUAGUUACAUGCCCCAUGGGGAGACAUAUGAGACGUGGAGAUAUGCCGCGACCCGGGAGCUGGCACCUGAGAGGACUUGCGAGGGCACCGCCGCGUUCAUGUUUCACAUUAGUGCACCAGUCUUCCUGACUAAAUGGGCUCUUGAGGGCGAAGGCGCAGGGAGGCGGCAUAGUCGCAGCUCCCAGGACGAGCCUUUGGACAGCUUUCAACCUCACUUCCUUGACCACCUGGAAGAGGUGAACCUGGAGCUCAAGGCAGUAGGUCUGCCCUCAUUGACCUCUAACUGA